GACUUCUCUAUGUUAAUGCUCCCCCCCAUGCUGCAGGUGAAGACGUGGCGCAUGCACAUGUUCACCCUGAUUCAGAUUCUCUGUCUGGCGCUUCUGUGGGGGAUCAAGUCCAGUCCUGCCUCGCUGGCUCUGCCCUUCAUCCUCAUCCUCACCAUCCCCCUGCGCAGGUUCCUGCUCGCCCGCCUCUUCAGCGAGAUCGAGAUCAAAUGCUUGGACGCGGACGAUGCCAAGGUGCAGUUUGACGAGACUCUAGGAGAGGACGUCUAUGAUGAGAUCCAGAUGCCCGUCUAACCUCCGGGGGAGGCCCUUCACAAUUCUAGUCAGGAUCACUCCGAGCUUCCGCACAUCUCCAAAAUACUACCCAGGGACCCAACUUUGCCUUCCAGCCAAUGCAAGGCACGAACGCAGAUUAAAAAACUUCAGGGAUCGGAGAAUCUGAGCCAUUAACCGAUUUACAUAUUAGCAAUCAUUUAGAUUCAUUUUCAAGUGCCUAUAUUGCCAUGCUGGACUGUUACUGGAAACAGUAGUGAUCUAAGCAGGGGUAUAUUCUCUUAACCUCUAACUUUAGGUUUUAUUUGGUGAUAACUUAGGGUCUGCUGAAAAUGUAUAUAAAAUACGCUUUUGAACUUUCUGUACUGUCAGUUUCCAUCUCUCAUCAGGCCGCUGUGGUCUCAAAACUAGUAAACACACACACACAUAUAUAUAUAUAUAUAUAUAUAUAUAUAUAUAUAUA